AUGCCCAUUCGCAAGCAGGCUGCGCCACCCUUGAGUAGCAGUUCUUCCGCAGAGGAAAAGGAGACGUGUCUGAUCGUGACCCCGCAGUUCAGUCCUCAGAAGCUGCUUCUAGAUGAACGUGCUCGCCUGAGCAAAAUCACCGAAAGCAAUGCUGUUCAGUCACCACUUUUACGUCUUCCAGCAGAAAUCAAAACCAUGAUAUAUACGUAUGUUUUCGACGAGGUCGUUCAAAUCAACAAGUACCCAUGGUUUCUCAACUACCAUGUCAGCCUAAGGCCACGUCAGUUCAGCGAUUAUGAUCGCUAUCCCUCUUCCACCUACUGCGAACACAACUUUCUAAGCCUGCUCCAUGUCUCUCGCCAGAUUCACCAGGAGACCGCUUUACUUCCGUACAAGCUUGCAACAUUCGAUUUCGAUACUUUGCCCACAGAAGAGCUCGAGGAUGAUGAAGACAAUAUGUUUUCGGCUAUAAGAGUGUUCCUAGAAAAAAGAACAAGGAAACAGGUCGAAGCUCUUGCCAAGUUGGAGAUUUAUAUUCUCAAUGAUCAUGUUCCGAACAUUGGAGAGUUGGAGUCAGGGACCGGUAUGUACUGGGUUACAGAGUUGAAUUGCGAGAUCCCUCCUGCCUAG